UGAAUCUCGUGGUUAAUCGUUAAUUUAUUCCAAAUAGUUCGCUCUUCAGUGGAAGUCGAUAGACGGUGGAACAGCGUUGUUCGCGGCUAAAAUUGGUACUAGCUCGUGACAUUCGCUGCAGAAAUGGCGAAGUCCAUGUUUAAAAACUCCAGAAAAGUCGACAUACAUGAAAAUUAUGUUAUUGAGAAAGAACUUGGAAGGUUUGUCUACAUUUGUCGCAUUAUUUGGCGGUCUCGUAUGUUUUUCUGGUUGGAAUCUUUCCAUCGCUUACAUAUAACCCAGCUCUUUUAUGCGUUGCUUAGGCUAUCUGUCUGAUUUUGCGAAGAGCCGUCUUGAUGAUCGUUUUACUUUGCAAAUCAAUUAUUCGAAUGUUCUUUUGCUGUUGUCUUGUUGCUCUUCUGUAGGGGAGCAACUUCGGUGGUCAAGAUCGGCAGGAAUAAAGCCAAAGGAAAGAAUUUUGCAAUCAAGGAGAUAACCAAAAGUGUAAGUAAAAGGCAAAUGCAUUUUUUUUUUUUACAUUUAGUAGAGUAUAUCUAAGACUCAUUUCCAUCGAUCGAACGAUAUCCUGUUUUGAUUUCGGAACGUGCAGAACCGGUUUGAUGCUUAAUUUACCUCCUGUAGUGACAGUGUUACGAUCCGCAGGUAACACCGUUGUUAUGGUAGUUUGCUGUGUCAUGAUGGUGAACGUACGUAAAAAAUUAUGUUCGUCUCAGUCGUUUCCAGUAGAGAAGAGGAAAUUGCUUAUAUCUUACGAGCGUGAUAUCUUUUGUUUAUAGGUCGAGAAGCCAUUGAGGGCUUUCUUCCGAAAUAAACAACAUUGCAGGUUUCGAAUAAUUAAACUGGAAAUGUUCUAGCUCACGCAGAUAUUUGACAAUCUUGUUGCGUUGCAGAAUGGAUAAAGAGGAAACAAACUUAUUCAGACAAAUUUGACAUUUAAUUGCAUUGCAAAAAUGACAGUAAUUUUCAAUCUUUGGAAGAAACAAAAGCUCAAUGGAACUCCACAUAAAUUAAAUGUUCUAAAACCAAAAUCUAAAUAGCUUUAUUACUACAAUGAACUUACGUGAAAACAAUAGCAGUCUGUGGUUACAAGAUAUCUCAGAGCACUGUAUACGCACGUCUCAAAACUACUUUUAUUGCUAAGUUUAAGUUUAAUAUUUUUUCCAUUGCGUACAUUAAAUGCAAAGUUGUCCAAAGUGCAGACAUUGGCGAGAUAAUUUUUUUUUUUAAAGAAUUCGGCUUUGGAUAUCCAACAGCCCGUACUGAUAAUAAAUCCCAUCCUACACUAUUCAGUAUAGUCAAGGGAACAUUCGGUACAUAAAUAUCUCAUAAUAUAGAGCUUGGUUGUUUACCCACUUAAUGUAUCAAAGCAAUACCAUUUCUACUUUUUGAGUCAAGCACUGAUUAUCAACAUGCCAAGACAGGAUUUUUUGUCCAAUGAUUGACGUUUGACAUUUAAUUUGAUAUUGUAAGUCUAUGGCUUAUUUUAAAUCCAUUCUUUUGGGAAUGUGGUUAAUUUUAAGUGAAUAGUUUAUUAAAAGCGGCUUUCAAGAGUUCGUUUUCAUAUUCAUAUGUCAAAAUAUGCCUUUAAAGAUGUCUCAUUAAUUUUGUACUGCAUGCUUGAAACUUUUGUGGGGUACAAGAAUACAUGUACAAUGAAUACCCAAGGAAAAAAAAUCCUUUCAUAGUUGACCUGCCAGCAAAUUGGUGGAACUUAAUGAAGCAAUCUAUGACACUAUCUUACCUUGUAUGCAUUGACUUCGUUUUUCAGAAUUUCAGCCUUAAGAUGUUAAAAAAUCAAUUGUCUUUUUGUCAUAUGAACAAAAGCUGUAACUUUAAACAGGAAAACUAGAAAAUAUAAUUAUUUCUUUCAGUCAGUAGAAAUCGGUAUUUUUGUAUGUUGCAAAUCCUCUCUUGUAGUGGUAUAUGUACAUAAACUUGGUUUUAAAAAUCUUGCCAUCCUCAAUGUUGUCAGAGGCUACAUCUUCAACAUCCCACAGUACAGUGAUGUCCUCUAAUUUAAUGUGUCUGGUGGGGAGGUACUCCCUAUAAUGGCCUGUACAUACAGAGAGGCUCCGACUGAAAGGGUUGCCUUUUUCAGGUCUCAGGUAUUAGGAAAGGCUAGGGAUUUCACUAGUUGAAGUAUAUAAAAGGGGUAAGGAAAUCUGUCAUUUCAGUUUUGGUCUGUAAAAAGGCCCAAAAGGGCUAAUGGCUGCAUGUUAUGGCUGUGAAAAGGUCAAGCAAACAUUCCGGUUUUGUCAUUUAUUCAUAAUUAUACCAAGUCUGUGCAUUUACAGUAGUUAAAGGGGAUGCACGAAGUUCAAAACUAGGUCCCGUAAACUUUUAUUAUGAGCCUUGGGCUUAUACAACUUUGUAAGGGGUUUUAGGAGGGCUUAAACAUUGGGGGGGGGGGGGGGGGGGGGGGGGGGAGCUUAUAUCCGGACUUAAAAAAAGGGUUUCAAAACAAGCUACAUAGAAGUGCUGACCAAAGUGCGUUUUGAAUUUGAUAGGUUUUUUAAGCUUCAAAAUUUCGCAUAUAGUUGAACUCAUUUCAAUACAAGCUUGAAAACUAGGGGGGCUUAUGACAGGAUGUACUUUUGUUUACAGGUAGAUGGGCCUAUAAAUGGGGGCGGGGGGGCUUAUAAUGGGAAGUUUACCGUAUGUGAAAGGGGUACCAGUUGUCAAUACAAGGUAUACAAAAGAGGCACCUUGUCUGUCAAAAAUGAUAUAUGAAAGGGUAAGGGGUUGGACCUUGGUGGGAGCCUUCCCUUAUAAAACGUUGGUGAGAACCUCCCUGGUAAUGGGUCAUUCUUCAAACCAACUUCUUCUUGCCUCAUUUAGCUGUUUAAUACCAUGCGGAUUAAUUGUUACAUCUUUCCUGCACAGGACCUCAGUGAAUAAUAAUAUUUAUAAUUUAUUAACAAAUUUAUGAGAAAAAACUGUUCAACUUUCUACUCUGUAAAGAGUCCCUCUUUUGUAAGGGGGAGAGGAAGGGGGGGUUAUGUGUCUUAAGUCUUGAUUUAAAAACUUGUUGUUUCACUUAUUGAGUAUACUUAGGUCUCCAACCUCCCAAAAGUCUUGAAAAAUUUCUGACACCAUCCUCCAAAGGUCCUUUUUUCCUGCCAGUAUAUUUCUAAAAGAAUGUGUAACUUAUAGCCACUCUCAACCUUUAUCCACCUUAAAAGCAUUCCAGUUCUGCUUACUUGAGCUUUAAGCUGACCAUAGACUAACUGUGUUGACAGAUAGAAUGUUAUCUUUGUUUAUUCACUGUGUAAUAAUCAAGGGUUUUACAAUGUAACUCACCCCUGAGCAGUACUUUGCUUAGACAUCAAAAAUUCCAUCUAUUGUAAGUUGGAAUGUGUCACUAAUGCAUUAAAACACCUGUGAUACAAUAUAGUAAUAAAGAAAAUAUUGAUGCGAUAUGAUAAUGUAAUAUAAUAAUAUUGUUCUUUUUCUUUCAUUAUUGGAUUUCUCAUAAAAUUAAAAAUUAUGUCAUAACUGUUUUUUGCAGGUGGACCCAAAGAUAAUUGAGACCGAAAUUGGUAUUCUGUUAACUCUCAAUCACCCAAAUAUUGUAAGUUUAAAUUUUUAAGUCAUUUUGCAUUUCAAAAUCGUAUUUGGCACUAAUGCACAUAUAGGUUCUGACACAUUGUACACUAAAUUGAGUUUGGUUUGUUGUUCAAUCAUAAUACUUUUAGAUUUAAGUUACCUUUAUAAAAUAUUUUUUGAGCUAAGCAAACCCAGGAAAAUAAGGCAUGAAUUUUUAAACCAAAAAAUUCUUAAUUUUUGGAGGGGGUGGGUGGGGGGGGGGAAUAACUUUUGGAAUUUUCCAGUAUUGUUCCACCUACUCUGGAUGUGCUGCUUUGUAACAUCAGUUAAACAUGAUUGUAUGCUGCACACUAACUCAUUUAGAUUGUUUGAACAUUAUCAUAGCUUAUAUAAUGUCAUUAUCUUCAAAUUACAUCAAUCAAGUUUCACUCAGCUAAUUUCUGUUAGGAAAGUUCAGAUAGUAAUGUUUGUUUUAUGGAUGAACAACACUUGAUUUUUUUCAAGAUAAAGUUAGAAGAAGUUUAUGAGACUCCAACACAAUUCUUCAUGGUGCUGGAACUAGUUACUGGAGGAGAACUGUUUGACAGGUCAGCGUUGGGGUAGUAAAAUAAUUUACAUAUGUGUACUAUAUGUAUAGCUGCAGUGCAAAGUUAACAGUUAGAACAGUUUUAAAACUCUUUAAGCUAUGUUUUGUAGAGAUCCUCUUUCAUGCGUGUCAUAGAUACCCCCUUUAAACUUAAAUGCAGCUUUGCUCUGGGGUAAUCAGAGAAAAGUUCACUAGUCAUUACACACUAUUGAUGACAUGAUAAAUCCCAACUUCCACAUCUAUGUCAGAAUUCUUUCUCAGGGUUAUUGAGUUACCAUUGUUAGUCUAUUCUUUCUUUGAAUUUGACAUAUUGAACAAGAUGAAAUAGGCAAACCCUUGUUAAUCAAGCGACAAGAAACUGAAUGAAUCAAAUGAUUUUGCUCCUUUUUGUUAAUUCCUAGUAUUUUGGAGUAUUCUCAUAUGAGGGCGUUUAUUAGACAGGGGGAGUUUAUUAGAGAGGGGUGUCUGAUGCAAUUUUAACAGUUUUUUUCCAAUUUGCAUUGUAUAAUCCUUCUUUAUUGAAAUGUGAAUUUGAUGUUUAAUCAGGAGUCACGUAUGGCUCACAUCCUUUCCUUUACAGGGUUGUCACUAAGAUUUCAAGUUGCCGGGUAAAUACAACAAGCAGGCGGGGAAUCAAACGGCUAGGGAGUUCCUUUGGUUCUAUUUUUCUUCUAUUUUCCAAUAAAAGUAGCCGGGGGCCACUCUCUUAGUAGCCGGGGAAAAUCCCCGGCCCCCGGCUCUUAAUGACAACCCUGCUUUAGUACUUGUGUUCCACCAAAUGGCUGACUCAAAUCAUUAUGUACUUUUUUAACAAGUGGUGUUCAUGCUACAACAUAUUCUAUUUCAGAAUUGUAGAAACGGGUUACUACAGUGAACACAAAGCAGCUGAAGCUUUAAGACAAAUCUGUGAGGCUUUAGAAGUGAGUGUACUUAAUAGUUUACACUGAAUUCUUUGUAAGCCUAUAGCUGACGACCUUGGUGGGAAAAUGCUUGUCCUGAUGGUUUUGCCUUCAAAUCCACUUCAAUAUAUUUAGGUUCAGUAAGCUUCAUUUCUUGCAUCUCUUUCUAUUUUACUCCCUUCCUUCUUGAACGUAUCAGUCACUCUGUACCCCUGCCUGAAUUACAUUGUAAGUUAUUUUAUCCUUACUUAUUUUUAUGUAAUUAAGCCCAUAAAAGAUGUAAACUUGACAAUGGCAGGUUAUUUACAGGGUGUUCAUUAGGUAUCGGAGAUCAGAGAAUUCUCCAUUUACUAAGCAGAAUUCUGCAGCUAAAGGUCCUAGCCUAUGACUAUUUUUUACUCAGAUGUGGAUCCUCUUUAAAAAUAUUCUCUGGAAUGUUACACCUUUCUCCUUGUACUGGAAUUCUCAAUGAAAACCCUUUAGUUAACAAUAAUAAUGAAUGAGGCAGCUGUCGGCAUGAUGUGAAGAAUUUAUGCAGAUUGAGGAGAAUGUUAUGAGGCUGCCAUGCCACUGCCUGGAAACAAGCUUGCUAUUAUUUGUAUUAAUAGUGGGCAAUAUUAAAUAUUGCCACCAUGAUUUUGCUUUAACAUCUUCCAAAUAUUGUAAGUGCUGGCUGGUAAUGAUAAAUAAGCCAUAUCUUAUUGGAGCCAAUCAGAAACAGCCUAAAAAUUCGAUAUUUUCAUGAUAACAAUAAUAUAUUUUCAUAAUAAUAUUAGGAAAUAACAGUAAUACAUAGUUUUAUAAUUAAUGAAUUAUUUUGCCUGUGAUUUGGAUUUAAGUCGGGAGCGGGCAGCAGUAGGGGGAGGGCAUCACAGUUUAUGUGAGCUGUUUCAGACCUCAUGUUUGAUCAUUCCAAUACCAUGUUUUAUCAUUUCCAGAAUCUUUGCUGACGUCAUUGUUUGCAUUUUUGCUUGUUAGCAUGUGAGUUAAGCCAUAGAAGGCAUCGCGGUAUGCACAAAUUGAAUUCAAAAGUUGACAGAGGUGGUUAAUUGGAACAAGCUCUGCAAUUUUCAGCUUUUUGCCUACUAUAAAAAAGGAAGUAGGAGCCACCGAAGUCAGCCAAAUUGCUGGGUGGCAAAAACAUUAAUGAGCCCCUACAUUCUUUGUAAAGUUCUGAGUUUUUCACAGAUAAUUUAGAAAUCUUAAACUAUUUGGUAUGUCUUGCUCAAAUUUUCACAAAUAUUUGAAAUUGUUAUGCUCUUUCAGUAUUCAGAGAAUUUAUGUUAAUAGCUUGAUCGGAGAAUGAAAGGCAUAUGCUAAUGAGGUGAAAAAUGUAAACAAAGAUUUGCCUAUUAACACUUUUUACUGUUUAAGCUUUAUUUAGCUAAACCAGAGAUGUUUUCUUUUAAUACUCAUUGCAGUAUGUUCAUAGCAAAAGAAUGAUUCACCGUGACCUAAAGGUAAGUAGUGUCCGUUGCUAGUUUUCUUGUAACUUGCUUACGUAUCUAAGAACAGUUUUUCUUGCUGUAAUGUUGCCUGCCUGUUACAUUUUAGCCAGAAAAUCUUCUGUAUGCUGAUGACCGUGAAGAUGCCCUCCUAAAAAUUGCUGAUUUUGGUUUGUCAAAGAUUCUUGGAGAAAGUGACCAAGCAGCUACAGUGUGUGGAACCCCAGGAUAUUGCGGUAAUGUUAAAACUCCAACCAGUCACUUAAAAACUGUGAUCUAUUGUGAUGACCAAAUUAUUUUGGGAGUGUAUAUACAUGUAUUGUAUUCCAAAGAAAAGGCAGAUCAGGUAUGAGAAAAAGCUAGUCUGUGUUGCAGACGAAAUUUAAGUUGGGUUAGUAACGUCUGCAAAGCUCCCAACGGACUCAACAAAUUACUGGAAGUGUGUUUCGAAAAUUUGCUUUCAUCCUGAUGGGCAAAUCAAUAAAGGCUUUUUUAAGAGGCAGUCUCCCUAAAAGCGGUCCACUCGAUUUCGCGACAAAAAAUACUUUUCCUUUAUUUUUUGUCGGUGAAGAAGCUUUAGUAGGUGUAUACUAAAAUCGCUAUUUUUGUUUUCAAAUUCUUAUUCUUAGCUCUGCUACAAGCCAAAAACGAAUUGAGUCCGUCCCGGCUUCUCAAAGAGUGUUUCGAAGACUAAAAUUGAUGGAUUUUGAAAAGCGUUGCAAACAAGCGAAUGCCAUAAAAAAAAAUCUGUUCGAUUCAGUUUUUUAAGUUAACCUUCGAUAGUUCACAGGCUAAAUAAAAAUAUCUUUGAUCAAAACAUGUUCAAGUUACAGUGGUUCAAAGAAUACCUAUUUUGCAGGCUUAAUCCAAACCCUGAAAGUAAGGAAGAUUUGAGGAAAAUAUCUCAAAAGUUGCGACCUAAAUCUGGUUUAAAAAUCAUAUCAAAGUAAAGUUUUAAGCUUAUUUUUUUUGGUUUAUAGGCUCAGACUUGCGGGUAUCUUCUGGGAUUGCAACCAACAGUAGA